GUGAGAACACUUCGUUUCCUGCCUCAUAACCGCUGUACGAAACCGUCAACCCUUUCUUCUUGUUCAACCUCUAGUCUGACGCUCAUCAUCUUUGUUUCAUUGCAUUAGCUCUAACACUGCUUAGUUCAUCGUUUUUCUGGAGAACGAAGGAGGAUGGAGCAAUUUAUCAUUCUUCUUGUGAUAUUAGCUGGAGUAACGUCAAAUGCUGCUGAGACUACGUGUAAUGCCAUGCACAACACAUCUCAGUGCACUGUUACUCUCGGAGGAUCAGUGUAUAUCCAAAUUGUGACCAAUGCAAGCGGCUAUAAAGUGCAUUGUAAGAAACAGCUUCCCACUGCAAACGUAACUGUGUUAUAUAUGAACAAAGACAAAGUAAAGAUACAGGGGCCAUUGACCGACAGGGCAGAAUUUUUCAUCAACAACGGGACGCUGAAGAUCACAAACGUGGAGAGGAAUGAUUCUGGUCUAUACAUCUUGGAAGUCUUUAAUUCAGAUGGGGUCCGCGUGAAAAACAGUCAUAUGAUCUUGGAUUUUCAAGAAUCUGAUUUCCCCCUCUUUAUGUACAUAUGUAUUGGAGUGGGUGCUCUAAUAAUAGUGGUGAUAGUGGUAUCGGUAUGUUGCUUUGUCUGCAAGAAAGUGAGACGUGAUAAGAAGCCACCCACAGUUAUAUUUAUAUAACUGAGAAUAAACACCUUCAGUACGAGGACUUUGACGAACUGGACCAAACUGAGGACUGGCAAUGGCAAACAGCACUUUUGCAUCACUUGUGAGCUGUAAAAAUCUUUGGAGCUUUCUUUUUGUGACUUGAAUUAGUGUUGAAAAAGACUAAUGGCAUUAUAAUUGUAGUGCAGCAGUGGCAGCAGCAGCAUAUUGUGACACCAUAUUAGUACAUUUGUAAAUCACUGUAGUUUGAUCUGCUCUUUGUUAAACAACAGCAAAAGAUUGUUGAUAAUAAUUCACACACCAGAUGUCUUUUAAGGUCUUAAGCAUACUUUGAUCCAUUUCAAAUACAGGGAUAUUGUUAUAUUCUAUAUUUUUGCAUUAUUAUUAACACAGUCAUUUUAUUGAUAUAAACAAAUCUCUAAUAGCACCAGGUAACAUCACUAACAAUUAAAUGUUAUAUAUUAAAAAAUAUACUGCACAGAUAAACACAGAACAAAGGCAGACACAUUGAACCCUAAACUAAAAAACAAACAAACAAUACAAAUAUACUAAUAAUAGCACAGAAAACAUACUAAUAACAAAAGAAGUGUUACGCUAAAGCCGGCCAGUUACUGCUGCUCGGGUUGGCUGUGUGUGUGCCUAUGUGAGCACAUGAGUCUGUGCGUGCAUCUACAAGAUAAAGGGGAAGAGGUGAGAAAAAAAGGGAACCAAGAAGGAAGAUUAAGGAGUGACGUUUUUAAUUUACAAAUCAAUUAAGGAGGUGAAUGAGAGGGAUUUAAGACUAGAGAGAGAAAACAACAAAACUGACAAAAAAACAACAACAAAGAAAUCAAAAUAAUAAUAAUAAUAAUACAAAUAAUUAACUAUAUAAGCAGACAAAUAGGUUAGGAAAACAGUGUUUGUGAUAUGUUGCGUAGGUGGAUCUACGCAACAUAUCACAAGUACGCUAGGGGAGAAAGGGGACGUGGCCCACCCAAAGUAGACAUAAAAACACCAAAAGAAAAAACAAAACACAUGUGUAGCACAUGUAAUAGUAAUAAUAAUAGUAAUCAGUAUACAAACCAACAUUAUCGUACAGUAAAAAUGAUCAGUGUAAUAAAACAUCACUGAUCAUGAUUUAGAUGUUGUCUGGUGUGCUUUUGCUGAAAUUCAUAUCAGUCAAAAACUUAAAAAGAAAAAAAAAAAGAUUACCAGGAAAUAGAUGGCUGAAGUAGUUUAUUUCUAACUGUCCAGCUGCUUAUUAGUUGAUGCUGAAGCUCAUUAGUCAUGUUGUGUUAUGAUGACAUCUGCUGGCUGUGUUUGGGUUUCACUCAUAUUAUGUCAUAGUUAUAGUAUAAGAGAUGUUUGUUUUUCAUAAUAUACUUUGUAGUUACAGAGACGUCACAGUUGUUUGCAAUAUUUGUUUAAUACUUUUUCUAUGUAUAAUGUUGGAAGUUAUAAUCACUGUAAAUAUUCACUGAAAAAUCCAAUAACCUAUGUCUAAUUUUCAUUUACUGUAAGUACAAAGGUGUCACACUGUGUACACAUUAUGCAAAUGUUUUAAUCCAAAUGUUCAUCUGUGUCUAAUCCCAAACGAUGAUUCAAUUGCCUGAAUGUAGCAGGAAUAAUAAAAUAAAACAGAGUUUUGUGGCAGAAGCUGGGUGUAUGGUUGAUAUUAUAUGGCAGUUUUAUUUAUGCUUGUUUUACUUCCUUUAUAGUUGAGUGCAAUGAGGGUUUUUCCUGAACAUCUAAUUUUCAGCACACACAAUUUGAGAAACUAUUUACAAACUUCUGUUAAAAGGUUCAGUCUCCAACAUCAUUUUAAGGACACAUUCUCUUAA